AUGAGUGCUAACGAUAAUUGCCAAGAUUUUAAUACAUUGGAUGAAUAACAUAAAUAAUAGAUGAUGUAAUUAGAAACAAUGGGUAUGAUGUGUAAAUAUUAAAUGAUUUUCACUAAAAUGGAUGCAGCAUUAUUGAAAAUAGCAUCUAUUUUGCGAUAAAAGUAAAUUGUGAAUAAUAAUUAAGAUAAAAUAAUGACAAAUCAUAUGCUUUAUUUUAAAUUAAGGAUAGUUCAAUAAAUUAAAAGCAAUCUCUAAUGAUAAAUGCAUUAUCGAUAGCAUAAAGAAUGAAGUUAAAGUUAAAUGGAUUAUUUAAUUUUUGUGAAAAACAUGCUUAAGAGAAUUAAUUUGUAGGUAUUUAAUAGGUUAAAUUUUUAAGCAUUUCAUAAAAUAUAAAUUAUUUCAAAAGCUAGAAAUUAGGAACAGAAACUUAAAGAGGAAAAUGAGAAAUAGAAGAAAGAAUUUUUAUUCAAAUUAAACUAAAAGGAUGAAGAUAUUGAUAGACAAAGGAAAAAGAAUGAAGAAUUAGAAGGAAUAUUGUAUUAAUAAAAGUAAAGGGAGAGUGAUUGUACAAUAAAAUUACAAUAAAAAAUGAAGUUGAUUUAGAGAUAUGAAAGUGAUCUUUUAGAACUUAAACGAUAACCAUCUUCUACUAAGAAUUCUAAUUAAGAAAAUAGAGUAUUCUUAUUAUUUAUAUAAUUUUAAGUUAAAAGAAUUAGAAAAUAAUAAUGCCAUUUUAAGUUUAUAAAUAUAAUAGAAUUCCUAAUCUUUAAUAAAUUUUGUAAAGGAAAUGAAUGAAUUAUUGGAUAGUCAUUCUUUUAUUUUGAAUGAGAAGAACAUUAGUAGUUUUCGUGCAAAAUAUAAAUGA